CAGAAACGACCUGUCGUAUAGUUCGACAGAUACUGGUGUUUUUGGCGCAUUGGUACUCGGACUUACAGCCCGAAUGGUAACCAAAGACCAAAGAUCUUUUGACACAUGCUGAAGAUCUUUUGAUUUCAGCUUUGGGACUACAGCAUGACCGGAGAGGUUGAAAUACUGGCGCGCGGCGUCAUCGGCAUAGCAGUUGGCGUCUUCGUGGCUGAGCUGGCCCGUACAGGAUGGGAGGAGAUGUUCACGAACCCGGAACCGACAGCAAAUGACACCACUCGACCGCGCCACAGACGUCGGCGGCUCCACCGCGUUGAUGAGGAAAUCAUUCCCCCCAAUUCCUCUGCGCCGCGCGUCCCUCCUCCGGCCAUCAAAGCCACUCGUGAAGACCUCAAAAAGGGUCGUCGAGAUGUCGAGGAGGAUGCCGAUGAAGUCACUUCUCUGGAACGCGAAGCCUCUGCUGCCGCUGGGCAGUCGCGGAGGCUCCAAGAAGAACGACAGUGGGCAGAAGCCGCUGGAAACAACACGAAGGCGUUCGAGCUUGCUUCCGAGAUAAGAAGGUACCAAGCGCUGUCCGCCGAGCUAGAGCGCAAGCUGAGGCACCGGAGAUCUAUCAGUAUGGAUCCAUCUGUGAUUCAGCCCUAGGCCUUUUCCCACUCAUCUUCUGAUUUGUUUAGCUUUCGCGAAAUCCCCACAGAAGCCGUCCCAAUUAUCCAGGGUUGAAGCUGCACUUGCCAGCUCUCGACCUCCUCAACCACCCGUGCAAAUCACUUCUUUCCAAGUUCCACCUAUCUCUAAUCCACCUGUCGCCCCUGUCUCCGUACCGUCGGGCUCCCAACAAGCACCCUUGUUAAUCCUUGAGCGGCGUGCCCCAUCGACGAUUUUUGGCGGCAGCCCACAGCUCGUGCAAAACACCGGACAGUUGAAUGAAGCGUGAGUGAGUGAACCACCGUUCCCGAUCAUCA